GUUUUGACUCCAACUUACAUUAUCCGUGUCACCUAACCCAUCGGAUUUGCUUUUCGUAGCAUAGCCCAAAUCAGAUAGUCAACAAUGUUUAGCUUAUUAAUUCUCUUCUUGGCUCUUGUUGGUCGCUCCUGCUGCCUAAAUGGUCGUGGACUCACACCUCUUGAUUCAGCAUCAUUUGACAAGAUAACUUCAAAAUUCAAAGCAACUUUGAUGAAGUUUGACACCUACUACCCAUAUGGCCCUGAGCAUGAUGAAUUUGUCAAGCUAGCAUCCAGCAGUGCAGACAUUGAUGACUUCUUAGUGGCAGAGGUUGGAGUAAAGGACUAUGGUGAUCUUGAAAACCAAGAUAUGCUGCAGAAAUUCAAGAUCUCAAAGGAGGAGCUACCAGUUGUACAACUCUAUUUUCCAGACGGUCGGCCGGCCAUUCGUUUCACAGGCAGUAUCAAGGAGAGCGCGCUGCGCCGGUUCGUCCGGUCGGCGGGCGUGGCGCUGCCGCUGCCGGGCACUCUGCCGGAGCUGGACGAGCUGGCCGGCCGGCUGGUGUCUGCUGUCGGCUCCUCAGAGCCCGCCACAGCCCUCCUGGAGGAGGCAGAGACGCUGGUGGACUCGGCGCCCGGGAGGAGGAAGGAUGCGGCGCGAUACUACGUGCGCGUGAUGAAGGAGGUGAUGGAAAAGGGGCACCAGUUCGUGCAGAAGGAGGAGGACCGACUGAAGGCGCUGCUGGAAGGGAAGCUGUCCCAGAAGAAACGGGCCGAGAUGGAGGCCAGGCUGAACGCCCUGCAGGCUUUCACAGCGCCCGGGCUGGGCGAGAAAGAUGAGUUGUGAGAGAAGUUAGUUUGCUAAUGUUUCGGAAGAUGGACAAGUGGUUAACGACAAUGGUGAUGACUAACGAGUUCGGGCAUUAUUAGACAAGAUGUGUGGUUUCACGCAAAGAUAUUUGGUCGUGUGGGCAUGACGUAUGGACUUGACAUAUUCAAGACAUUCAUCUCAUUCUAAGACAUAUGGGUUUUUUUCAGCUACAGGGUGACACAAAAAAAAACGGU